AACCUAUUAUUUUGUUCUCGCCGGUCGAAAUGUUGUCCAGGAUUAUACUGCGAUGGAAUAAUAGUGCGGCUGUCGGGCUACGGAAUCAUAAAAUGUUCUACAAGACAACUCAAUCUGUGAGCAAAGACGCCGUUAAAAAUAUCGAAUCGAGUGAACAUCCUAGCACCGACAAGAAAAAUGAUAACGAUUGGAUGAUCACGAUGAAAUCGGCCAGAAAUUCCUUGGAACUGCUCAAUGUCAUUUCAAAAAAUGUGAGAGACUUUUCAGUAGAGCAAACGUUGGCCACAUUGAAAACGCUGGUUAGUUUCCAGAAGCAGAAGAGCACUUCGAUAAGUUACGGUGACAUUCUACGAAAUCCCGAUCUCGAAAAUCUGUGUCAAUCAUUGAGAAGGAAUACAGAACAUCUAAAUUUGGGAGAUGCGAUUGAAGCGCUGAAAUUCUUUUCGUAUGUCGGAGUUGGCACAAAAGGUAGCAAAGAAGCCAGAGCGGAACUCUUAAAACGAAUCAAAAGCCAACUCAAUGAUGCCACUUUGGGUAAUCUGGUUUUUUUGAGCUUCUUGCUUCGUCAAAUGGAAUCGAACCGUCUAGUGGAUUCGUUACAAAUGUUGUUACCCGAACUUGUACAACUUCAAGUCAGCAAAAACAUAGAUCAUCUUAACGUGACACAACUUACCGAAUUGUUGAAUUAUAUCAGUCACCACAGGCUCUCCGAACAGUGUACUGUAAACAUUUUGAAUGCAUUGAUACUCCACCAUCAAAAUUUGAAUGGAGAACAGGCAAAAACUAUUGUGUGGUCGUUGAGCAGCCCGAUAUUGUCGAUCCCAAUGGCGUACCGUGAUGCGUUACUGGAAAGUUCCAUCAGAGAAUUCGUCAAAAACAUUAAUCAAUUCGACUUUGGCACGGUCCUAAUAACAUUAGCUAAAAUGAUCAACAGAUACCUCGACGACACGAUUGAAUAUGAGAAAUUUUAUAACGAAGGUUUGUACUACGAAUGCACUGACUUUGUCGUAACGAACGAUUUGGGAUUCGAAAAGGCCACAUUUCUUCAGCGGCGCCUGAACAGAUUGGGCUUCGUUAAUAUCGAAUUGCUGGAAUACAUGCUGAAUGAAAUGGAAAAAAAUGCCAAACUCGUCAUCAAUUGUAAAACCACCAGCUUAAUCACUCUGGUUACAACACUAUCCCAGGCGAAUUACAAACCGAAAAAUUGGAAUAACGUUCGCCCAUUGAUCCUGGAAAGACUUUCGCUGGUUAAUGAUAAUCGAUCGAAUCUUCCGUGGGUUAAGGUGUCGAUCGAACUCCUGUCGCUGGGAAUUGAAUGUCCGUCGAUUUGGGAUAAAGUUUUUAGCAACGAGUUCCUCAAGUUAGAUCUGAAGCGAGACAGAAGAAAACGUCUGCUUCGGAUUUUGGAAUUGUACCAACAUGUUAAAGUGUUCACGGACUACAAUGUGGAUAAAAGGAUCAAUAUGAAAUAUUUAACGGAAGCCAAACAGGAGUUGUUCUCAAUAAUGGAGCAUCCAAUGCAACAGUAUCUGGAAUUGGCAUUUGGCGGCCCGUCGUUCGUUUACACAAAGGUUCAAACACAUUUAGGCCACAUAAUCGAUCAUGUGAUCGCAUUCGAUAAACAGACUAUGGAACCACUGUCGAUAAUAGAUGGUCAUGAUCUCUUGUAUGAAAAUAUAGCUGUUGAUAAGGACACAACUCAUUACAUUGCUGUGAUAACGUUCCCAAGCCGCUAUUACUGCAUAAAUAAACCAACUUUGAAGGGGAUUUACGAAUUGAGACUUCGAGCAUACGAACAAAUGGGAAUCGAUGUCGUUGUAAUAAAUCAUCAAACGUGGAAUCAACUGCUACACGAUGAAAAAGUUGUGUACCUGCAAAAUGAAGUGAGACUAAAGCUAAAACAACUGCAAAAUGUACUUCAGUAGGAUUUUGUAAAUAUUUAGUGAAGAUUGUUACAAGUACCUAAUGUUGAUCGAAA